AAAUAGCUACUGCUCAGCAUGACAGGCACACAGACAGACUGCCAGCUCUGUGCUCAGCAUCAUGCCCUCCAAACUCUCCCAACCAGGUCAGGGAAUUCUGGGUGCUCCCCCCCUGUUUUAUUUGCUUCUGACCCACUGCUGCUUUGUGACCUAUGGAAGAGCUGUCAUUCGGGCCCCCGAGAUUAUAUUUCCAAAGGACUGCACCACCUUCACACCCCGGGGCAGCGACUGGAUCAUCACGUGUGUGUCGCGCAGCUCGUGGCCCAACUUCCACGUUGUCUAUUGGUUGGCAGACAACAACUUUAUUGAAGAUUUGUUUCCUGAUGGGAGGGUGUGGGAGGAGCCAGAGAGACAAAUGUCCAAUCAGACGAUAGAGAAAUCUCUGGUCUUUUCUUCUGUGGAGGAGACGGAUUUCUCAGUUCAGUUCUGCUGCAUCAUCCAGGACCCGUCAGGAGUAGAGAUAAGGAAUAUCACCCUACAGAGGGACCCCCCAAUAGUUUCAGCUGAAGCAACAAGCAGAGAAGAAACAUCAGGAGCCCCCAUGGAGUUACCCCAGUGACAGAAGGGGAUGGACCAAUCACAGGGCUGGUACAAAACAGGCUCAGGGUUCGGCUCAUCCCACUAAGAACAACCCUUGCGUCUCCAUCUAUGCAGAAGGUUCCAGAACUCCCCUAUUGCCUGUAAGGUGGGACGGUCCUGCAGGAUGAAAGUUCUCCUAUGGGGGGGGGGGGUUAGACACUUCCAAGUCUCAGGAAUCAGUUACAGGGAGAAAGGGGAGAUGGAAAGUUCCAAAUCUUCACUGGGUCCAAGUCUUCAUUGUGGUUCUGGAGCCUCAGAAAUGGACUGGUUGCCAUCACUACCCAUAAUGCAUCUCAUCCUGAACAUUUCACUUGCUGGCAAAGUGACACUGCCAGCUUUCCAUUUACCCAGAAUGCUUUGUGUCUGCAUAAACAGCGCAGAUCUAUGGACCGGAUUGCUUUCUGGCUUGUAACCCCGCCCACUAUACACCCAGUAAUUCUCUGUGUAUAUAAAUGUACUGAUGCCCAUGGGUGGUGCUGCCAUACUGACUGAUGAACACAUGGAACCAAUACCUGAGCGAGUGGAUCCAAAUCAUAUGAACCCCCAGCACUGACAGAACUGAACAUGAUACUGACACUUGUACUUACUGAUCUGCUAAAUAAUAAUAUGGAAUAUUCACAAGUAAAUAAAUGUAUAUCUGUA